UAAAACGUUCGUUAGUCUGUACGAGCAGCCGAGUAUGAGAUUUCUCAUCCGCGUCUCGUCCGCGACCGCCCCUCACUGGUUUGACGGACAAGAGCUGGAUUAACACGCAAGGGCAUUGAUUCACCGAAUUACGACGCCUUUUCCGUAGAAGCGUGAAUUUUGUUUUCUUUCCAAAAAGAAUUCAGAGAUCCACAACACAAACAUAGCGGUGAAGUCCCUACGGCGCCACCCUAACCAAACAGGCAAAAACUCACAUCGCUGAACAUCUCUGUGAUACUAUGGAGUCCGAGAUCAGAGCCCAGAUUCCCGGAAUCGACCCUGUCGUGUCCGAGUACUCUGCGGGAUAUCUCAACCACGCUUCGCAGGCAUACAGCGCGGAAGGCGACCCACUGUCUGAUGCCGCCGCAGCUGUGACAGCGCUGCUGCUUUCCGCUUCCGGUGACCUGUCUAACCAGAAUGCAGCGACAAUCCAGAACCUGGUUGAGAAGUUUGUUGCCAGGCUUUCGUCACAAUCUAUUUCGGAUGGCGAGAGACGACAGCAGGCACCUUCUGCUAGGAAGCUAGAGCAGACCAUUCAAGUCGGAUCGACAAGAAACAUCUCAUCAACUAUUGGCUUGACUGGUGGCGUCAACUUGGAGCACACUGGUAGACAGAUCGAAUCUCGUGUAGACAAGAAGAAGCUCGAGAAGGCCGAAAAGAAGCUUCGCGCAAAGCAAGACAGGAAGGAGUUCAAGAGCGUCGAGUAUGAGGCUUCUAGGCUUUUGGAAAACCCUGACGAUGCCGCGUCAUACGAAGAGUUCUUCAUGAAGGUCAACCCUCUGCAACUUGGCUCUGACAACCAGGGCAAGAGUAAGGACAUCAAGGUUGAUGGCAUUGAUAUCACCAUCGGCGGCAAGAGAAUCUUGAGUGACACCAACUUGACUCUGGCCUAUGGCCGCAGAUAUGGUCUGGUUGGACAGAACGGUAUCGGUAAAUCUACUCUGCUCAGAGCUUUGAGUAAGAGAGAGGUCGCCAUUCCUACUCAUAUUUCCAUUCUCCACGUUGAGCAAGAGAUUAUGGGAGAUGAUACUCCUGCCAUUCAGGCCGUUCUGGAUGCCGAUGUCUGGCGCAAGCAUUUGCUAAAGGAGCAAGACAAAAUCACCAAGGAACUCGCACAGCUGGAGGCCGAUCGAUCACAAAUGGCAGACACAUCAGCAGAUGCUGCCAAGCUUGAUACUCAGCGAGAGGGUCUCGAUAUCACACUCAGCGACGUCCAGGGCAAGCUUGCCGAGAUGGAUUCCGACAAAGCAGAGUCUCGUGCUGCCAGUAUUCUUGCCGGUCUUGGUUUCUCGCAUGAGAGACAACAGUACGCUACCAAGACCUUCUCUGGUGGUUGGCGUAUGAGACUGGCACUGGCUCGUGCCCUGUUUUGUGAGCCUGAUCUUCUCAUGCUCGAUGAACCUUCCAACAUGUUGGAUGUUCCUUCCAUUACCUUCUUGUCAAACUACCUGCAAGGCUACCCCAGCACUGUUUUGGUCGUUUCUCACGACAGAGCUUUCUUGAACGAAGUCGCAACAGACAUCAUCCACCAGCACUCUGAACGUCUCGACUACUACAAGGGUGCCAACUUCGAGUCCUUCUACAACACCAAGGAGGAGAGAAGAAAGGCAGCCAAGAGAGAGUACGAAAAGCAAAUGGGCGAGCGUGCACAUUUGCAAGCCUUCAUCGACAAGUUCCGUUACAACGCGGCAAAAUCGUCCGAAGCACAGUCACGUAUCAAGAAGCUGGAGAAGAUGCCUAUUCUGGAGGCACCAGAGAGCGAGUACACCGUCAAGUUCUCAUUCCCCGACGUGGAGAAGAUGACCCCUCCCAUCAUUCAGAUGAGUGGCGUUUCUUUCGGCUACACUCCCGACAAGCCAUUGCUCAAGAAUGUUGAUCUUGAUGUUCAGCUCGACUCACGUAUUGGUAUCGUUGGUCCCAACGGUGCUGGUAAAACAACAGUACUCAAGCUUCUCAUCGGUGCACUACAACCAACCACUGGUCUCAUUUCUCAAAACCCUCGUCUGCGUAUUGGUUUCUUUGCUCAACAUCACGUUGAUGCUCUUGACUUGAACAUGAGUGCUGUUGGCUUCAUGUCCAAGAUGUACCAUGGUAGAACUGACGAGGAGUACCGUAGGCAUCUCGGAGCCUUUGGUAUCACCGGCAUGACUGGUCUGCAGAAGAUGGAGAUCCUUUCCGGAGGUCAGAAGUCUCGUGUCGCCUUUGCCAUCCUGUCUCUUCAGAACCCUCACAUUCUGGUUCUUGAUGAGCCUUCUAACCACUUGGAUAUUGAAGCUAUGGAUGCUUUGGCUGAUGCUCUGAAGAACUUCCAGGGUGGUGUGCUCAUGGUCUCUCACGACGUGGCCAUGUUGUCCAAUGUCACCAACAGCUUAUGGGUGUGUGAUAAUGGGGGUGUGCAGCACUUCGACGGCACGGUUGAGCAGUACAAACAGCUGCUUACCAACCAAGCCAACGAAGCGGGAGUCGCCACCACUCAUCAUUAGUACAAGCACUCAUAAGUAUCCCAUAUACCACCUUCGUACCCAAUUUUUACACAUUGAUCCGGAUAGUUAUCACACCCAUGUUCUUAUGGGUUGAGCCAGAUGCUACUGAUACCUCGCACAUGAUGAUUAACUGCAAUGUCGCCGUAAAAUAAAACGACCAUGCCAUUGUUUGUCCGAGCGAUGAUGGCAAAUUUAACAUAUGCAUACAGAACCAGUUCUCCCCCGUAUGUCAACACUAAUAAAUAUCGCUCCAUUAGGAGAACCAUGCAGCAAUAUUAUAUAAGCGAUUCGGCUCAGCGUUUCUCUAUUAUACCAUGUAUUCAAAAGCAUAGUUUCAUGCGUUUGC